AUGUCACUUUCUGCCACCAAGGCUUCAACGUCGACCGACAGCCGAACUUUUAUCGUCACUGGUCUUCGCUUUGCACGGGAAUCCUAUGACUUUUACCUUCGGCGGCACCUUCAGCAAUUUGGAGAUGUUCAUUUAGAGUACAAGGAACCGGCCAAGUGCGGGAAUGCUACAAUGAGCUCAAAGGUUGGAUUUGUGAGUGUUGAGGAGCCAAUUUAUUUGAAUGAGCACCGAGCACUUACGUAUGCCGUAGCCAUAUUUCUGACCGAUCAAGCUGCACAGGCUUGCCUCUUGUUUCCUGGGAAACAUAUUCUGCAAGAACUCGGUUACGAGAUCAAAAUUCGUCGUUUAAAAGAUCUGACGAUGGGGAAUGAUUCGAGCCGGGUGUAUUCUUCGAAGAUAAUGAUUACAGCACGAUCACCUGGCGAUGUUGAUGCGAUAACAGAAGAGGCGAUUUGUGCGGCUUUUCAGCCGUAUGGUGAAAUUGUGGGAAUCGAGGUGCCUUCCCCGAAGACUCACAAACCAAAAUGCUGGUUCGUCGAAUUCUCGAAGCCGGCUACAGUGACUGCAAUAAUGACUCUUGAGCAUACUAUUGCUGGCCAUCCGGUUCGUCUACGAAGAGUGCUCAGAAUGGAGGAUUUAAAGCGAGAGUCACAGCGCGAAAGAGAACGACAACAUCGACAAGAGUGGGCAGAGCAAAGAGCAUCGACUAGCCAGCCAUUGAACUAUCGAGAGGUUCGAAACCAAUCAAGAGACUUUGCAACAGUCUCUAGGAUGGUUAGUGGAAGUAGCGACUUAAUGGCAAAUUAUGGCUACGGCACCGAAGAACAAUACUAUCAGAACCAAGACCAAACGGAUAAAACCAAGGGAUCUACAUCAACUGAUUUUUCACAAUAUGACACUCUCACAAAAUGGGCUUCGCUGAGCUUUGGAACUCUCAUCCUCGCAAAUAUGGACCUGGAUCCCGAACUUGCCGUGUCUGCUCCAACCACCACGGUCUUAUCAGAAAGUACGGCAUCAACAUGUGCAGACGGUGCUUCCGGGAAUACUCAAAGGAUAUUGGAUUCAAAAAGCUCGAUUAAA